AUGGACCCUCAAGCACCAUCCCAGCCCUCAAUCGACACAGCCUACGACAACCCUGACAAUCCCGCUGACCAAACGGCUUCUGAAAGGAAAGAUGCUACCUCCACAAGCGCAUCCCAGCAACGCUCAGACCCCGCCUAUGAGCGCCGUGAACCCAAUGACACAGUUGGCGAUAGAGGGAGUGCGUCGCAGAACGAAGCCAUGCCAAGCAGCUUAGGCUACGGAGCACAGGACUCUAGCGGUGAUGCCGACGAAAGCAUGGGCGGCCCCGUAUCCAAUCAAGAAGGCGAGCAAAUGCGCGCAGCUGGUGACGGUGACAUAGCAGCCGCACAAGAGGGCAAGCACGGAUUCGGCGAGCAGACUAGCCUUACAUCUGACCUGGAUCGCAAGAAGGCGGAGCAGGCGGAGAUUAAGGAUGAGAGAGAUGGAGGAGGCGGUGGAGGAGGGGUAGAUGUUCAAGGCGCGCUGGGCGGUGGAAACAAGGGGUUCGUUGGUGGUGGCGGCGAGACGGGCCAGGAUAGUGAAAGAGGAGGCGGCAUGCAAAGCGGCCAUACUGAUGUAUGA